AUGCAGAUUGAAGAUAUUUCCCCAUCCGUUGAGCUCAGAGAAAAUGGAAAUGAAAACGUAGCUGCUGAAUCCACAGAAAUACAGGAGGAACAGACGAGGAACAGAUUCACUUCAAAGACAGACCCCAUGAGGGAGCCUGUCAAGAAUAAAACGACUGUGGAGGAAAUAAGGGGAGGAAAUUUGCUAACUUUACAGUUGCCAGAAAAACAGAUCAUCAAUCUGAAGGCAGAAAAUGAAAAGACUCUAACCAAGAGGACAGAGGAAACCCUGGAGAUAAAUAAAAACAACGUAAAAAGAACAGAGGAAAGGCCAACAUCUGCAACAACUUUUACUUCACAAAAAGACCCCAAAAUGAGUGAAAAAUACUCCAAGUCAGACAAAGAGGAAUCAGUGGCAACAGACACUUUGGAGGUAACGAGAAACAAUGAUGAUACCCUACUGCACAACUCCAAUACAGAGCCACAUGGUGAGAACAGCGAGGUCAAAACAACCAACAUCCAAAAUAUAUGGAUAAAUGGGGAAAGAAAACAUGACGGCACAGAUGUGAAAUUAAAAAGACUUAAUCAAACGGGGGGAAUGAAGGAAGAAAGAGUGGAAUGGGAGAGGGAAAGAAAACUAGUUAUGGGGAUUCAUCCCGACAUGACAAAAAGACGCACUUAUGAAGAAGAAAACCCGUUCAAAGAAAAACUGGAAACUGCGGAGGAGGAAAAGGGAGAUGAGAAAAUAGCUGGAAAAAACAUGAAUAAUAAAGAAGAUCAGAGAGCUCUGAGCAACGUAACAUCUCCUCCAAGUGCUUCCACUGCUCAAUCUGAAAUUCCUGCCACAAUGCAAACCACAGAGACGGGGCGAACAACCCACACAGCAGAGCUCACAAGGCAAAUAAACAGAGUCCAUAAAGCAACAGAGAGGGAGUUUGUCUCCUGGUUGAAAGGAGCAAAGCCAAAACCAGAGGCGGCUAAAUUUAUAAGCGCAGAUUUGCAUAGGCAAGAGCCAAAUCCUGCACAAAAAUCAAAAGAAAACACAAACACUGCUGAAAUGGUAAGCUUUGCACUAAAGCCAAAAACUAAAGAGCCCACGGUCAGGCAAAACAAAGCACCCCCUCUCCCACCACAUGUGACCACAUCUUCAGCCAGCACACCUUCAAGCAUACCAACAAAACCCGGCAACAGCAGGAAUACUAGGACAAAGGUGGAUAAAAGGAUUAGGGACGAGAAAAUGCAAAAGCCACCUAACAGGAAGAACAUCAUUCCGACAACACCAGUGCACUUUCCUUACUUCAUGGAUGACUACUGUCCACCUGAGUGUGCCUGCUAUGGAAGAGUGGUCCAGUGCUCGGAUAAGGGUGUCAAUAAAAUUCCUUAUGGCAUUCCUUAUAAUGCCCGCUACAUCCUUCUGAUGAACAACCAGAUUGACAGCAUCCAGUUGGACUUGCUCAGUGAAUAUGUCUCCAUGGAGUUUCUUGUAUUAAGCAACAAUCAGCUCAAAGACGGUACAAUAGAGGGAGCUUUUGAGGGAGUUCCCGCUCUGAAGCGCCUCUAUUUGGACAGGAACCUUCUUGAAAGUGUGCCAAUCGACCUUCCAUCUUCUCUUGAGGAGCUUCGCUUGGACAACAACAACCUGAAGUUGAUGUCUGAGGCAGUCUGGACUCGCUGCCCUGGCCUCUUGGUCCUGAGCCUCAGCAAUAACAGCCUGGGGAGUAGAUCUGAAUCUCUUCCCAGGGAGGUGUUCUCUCCUCUGUGUGAGCUGCGCACUCUGAAUCUGGACCACAACCAUUUAGGCUCAGUACCACAGGGGUUACCAUUGUCACUCAAGGAGCUUUAUCUAAGAGGGAACCUCAUAGACCGGGUCCAUGCCGGAGUUUUCAAUGGGUUAUCAGGGCUGAUGGUUUUGGAUCUGAGUUCAAACAGACUAACAGACAAAGGCCUUGUAAGAGAGUCCCUCCUAAAUGCAACACACAUAGAGAGCCUCAAUCUAGAGGGAAAUAGACUCAAACAAUUCCCACGACACCUCCCUCCCUCACUCAAAACUCUAAGCAUAGAGGGCAACUGUAUAUCAUCUAUAAGAAAGGCAGCAUUGAGCAGACUGAAAAACCUAGAGCACCUGGGAUUAGCAAGAAAUAAGAUCUUCAAAGUGGCACCAGGUGCGUUCAGGAUGCAGCCCGUCCUUCACCAAUUAGACCUGUGCCACAACAGCUUGCAGCAGGUGCCCCGGCAGCUGCCUCCAGGUUUGCACUUGUUAGCACUCACCCACAACAAGAUUCAGUCUGUGCCUCGCGAUGCUUUCUGCUGGGGCAAUAAAAGUCUAAGUGGUCUUGUGAGAGUACAGCUGGAACACAAUUUAAUUGAUAUGGGAAAUUUAGACACACAGGCUUUUAGAUGCUUACGAGGAUUCCAGGUGGUGCACUUCUAA